AUGGGUAACAAGAAGAAUACAUACUAUAAAAAUUCAGCACUAUUUACAGAAAUUUUUUUUGUUUCAAAAAUUUCUUCGCCUAAUGAUAUUAGUGAUGAAGAGUCUGCUUCAACUUUUAGCCCUAAAGAAGAUAAUAAUAACAGUCUACAAAAAAUAACUAGUCGACCUUUUAACCCUGUUUGGAAACACUUUACUCAAUUAAAAAGUAAGAGAGAUAUCCUUAAAUAUGUUGAAAACCAAGAACUAUCUUCCAAAAGGCAAGAACAAUUAGAAAAUGGCAUGUGUCUUGCAUUUGUUUGCAUGGGUAUCUCAUUUAAUGUAGCCAAGAAUGAAAUUUUUCAUGUGUGGCUUCAAGAUCUUAGACCAGGUUUUAAAAUACCUAGUUCUAAAACACUUGCAGAAAGAAUUUUUAACAAGCAAAUUAUUCAGAUCUAUAGAAAAAAAAGAAUCAGAUUGGCAUUUGAAAAAGUAGAAGCAUUAGCAAAGAUUCAUCAAUACUAUACAACAUAUGUGAAAGAAGAAAUUUCUUAUAUUAAUCAUGAACUUACUUUAGAAGAUAUGUUGGCUAUAGCAAAUGAAAUCAGAGAGUUAGAUGAUAAUAAUUUAGAUGAAGGUUCUGGUAAGGAUAAUAAUGAUAAUGAAUCUGAAUUCAAAUUAUUAGAUGAAAUAUUGGAUUUGGAAGAAAUUUUUGAUUUGAAUCAUGAAAUUUUUAAAGAAAACAUUCAAAAUAAUAAUAUUAGAUUAGAUUCUGAGCAUGUAGCUGAAGAAGAACCAAAUUAUAAUUACAAUAUAGAUAAUUUGGUUAAUAAAGUUUUUGUAUAA